UGACUUAAUCUCCCAAGCCUGCUCCCCCUGCUCCUAUGAGGCCAUCUCAGUAUGUUUUGCAGACAAGACCCAGAGAAGUCCAGGUUGGACUUGGUGCCGACUGCAAAACUACCUUUGGAAGGCCUCCACCCCAGUCCUUCUACAGAGUAGUCAGUGGGACUCCCAGCCAUGGGCGAAGUGACAGCAGAGGAGGUGGAGAAGUUCCUGGACUCGAAUAUUGGCUUUGCCAAACAGUACUACCACCUCCACUACCGAGCCAAGGUCAUCUCCGACCUCCUUGGGGCCAAGGAGGCUGCCGUGGACUUCAGCAACUACCACUCCCCGAGCAGCGUGGAGGAGAGUGAAAUCAUCUUUGAUCUCCUGCGGGACUUUCAGGACAAUUUACAGACAGAGAAAUGCAUCUUCAACGUCAUGAAGAAGCUGUGCUUUCUCCUGCAGGCAGACCGCAUGAGCCUGUUCAUGUACAGGACCCGCAACGGGAUCGCGGAGCUGGCCACCCGGAUUUUCAAUGUCCACAAGGAUGCUGUCCUUGAGGACUGCCUGGUGAUGUCCGACCAGGAGAUCGUCUUCCCUUUGGACAUGGGCGUUGUGGGCCACGUCGCACACUCUAAGAAGAUUGCUAACGUUCCCAACACAGAGGAGGAUGAGCAUUUCUGUGACUUUGUGGACAUCCUCACUGAGUACAAGACCAAGAGCAUCUUGGCUUCACCCAUAAUGAAUGGGAAGGAUGUGGUAGCCAUAAUCAUGGCUGUGAAUAAAGUGGAUGGCUCCCACUUCACCAAGAGAGAUGAAGAGAUUCUUCUCAAGUACCUCAAUUUUGCAAAUCUAAUCAUGAAGGUGUACCACCUGAGUUACCUGCACAACUGUGAAACUCGACGAGGCCAGAUACUUCUGUGGUCUGGGAGCAAAGUCUUUGAAGAACUUACAGACAUCGAAAGACAGUUCCACAAAGCCCUGUACACAGUCCGCGCCUUCCUCAACUGUGACAGAUACUCUGUGGGUCUCUUAGACAUGACCAAGCAGAAGGAAUUUUUUGAUGUGUGGCCGGUUCUCAUGGGUGAAGUUCCACCUUAUUCUGGUCCCAGGACUCCGGAUGGAAGAGAAAUUAACUUUUACAAGGUCAUUGACUACAUCCUACAUGGCAAAGAAGACAUCAAAGUAAUCCCGAAUCCACCUCCUGACCACUGGGCUUUAGUAAGCGGGCUCCCCACUUAUGUUGCCCAAAAUGGCCUGAUUUGCAACAUCAUGAAUGCGCCCGCGGAGGACUUUUUUGCAUUUCAGAAAGAGCCUCUGGAUGAGUCUGGAUGGAUGAUUAAAAAUGUCCUUUCGAUGCCGAUUGUGAACAAGAAGGAAGAAAUUGUUGGGGUGGCCACGUUUUACAAUCGUAAAGAUGGGAAGCCCUUUGAUGAAAUGGAUGAGACCCUCAUGGAGUCUUUGACUCAAUUUCUGGGCUGGUCUGUCUUAAAUCCUGACACCUAUGAGUCAAUGAAUAAACUUGAAAAUAGGAAGGAUAUUUUCCAGGACAUAGUAAAAUAUCAUGUGAAAUGUGACAAUGAAGAAAUUCAGAAAAUCUUGAAAACCAGAGAGGUGUAUGGGAAGGAGCCAUGGGAAUGUGAGGAAGAGGAGCUGGCUGAGAUCCUGCAAGCAGAGCUGCCAGAUGCAGAGAAAUAUGAAAUUAAUAAAUUUCACUUCAGUGACUUGCCCCUAACAGAACUGGAGCUGGUGAAAUGUGGAAUACAGAUGUAUUAUGAGCUCAAAGUGGUGGAUAAAUUUCACAUUCCACAAGAGGCCCUGGUGCGGUUCAUGUACUCCCUGAGUAAGGGCUACCGCAAGAUCACCUACCACAACUGGCGGCACGGCUUCAACGUGGGCCAGACCAUGUUCUCCCUACUGGUGACGGGAAAGCUGAAGCGCUACUUCACGGACCUGGAGGCCUUGGCCAUGGUCACUGCUGCUUUCUGCCAUGACAUUGACCACAGAGGCACCAACAACCUCUACCAGAUGAAAUCCCAGAACCCACUGGCCAAGCUGCAUGGGUCCUCUAUCUUGGAAAGACACCACUUGGAGUUUGGCAAAACAUUGCUCAGAGACGAGAGCCUGAAUAUCUUUCAAAACCUCAAUCGUCGACAGCAUGAGCAUGCCAUCCACAUGAUGGACAUUGCAAUCAUUGCCACAGACCUCGCACUAUAUUUCAAGAAGAGGACGAUGUUCCAAAAGAUCGUGGAUCAGUCUAAGAUGUACGAGAGUGAACAGGAGUGGACGCAGUACAUGAUGCUGGAGCAGACACGGAAAGAAAUCGUCAUGGCCAUGAUGAUGACUGCCUGUGAUCUCUCAGCCAUCACCAAGCCUUGGGAGGUGCAGAGCAAGGUAGCUCUGCUGGUGGCUGCCGAAUUCUGGGAACAAGGUGACCUGGAGCGCACAGUGCUGCAACAGAACCCCAUCCCCAUGAUGGACAGAAACAAAGCAGAUGAACUCCCCAAGCUUCAAGUUGGCUUCAUUGACUUUGUUUGCACCUUUGUCUACAAGCAGCCGCAGGAAAUCAGCUGGGGGGAAACCCUAGCCCAGGGGGUGCAACUACAUCCAAGUCCUGCUGUAUCCAGUAACACCACCGGGGGUCUGCUGGCCGGACGGUGCCGGACGGCACCACCCUUCUGUGGGAAGAGAUGACCCAAGCCAGCGGAAGACCACACACCUUGAGAAGUAAAGGAGUCAUAGGAUUUGAAAGCUGAUAGAGAAUUUAGCUUCCAGGAGUGUUCAAUCUUUCGGCUUCCCUGGGCCACAUUGGAAGAAUUGUCUUGGGCCACGUGAAUACACUAACGAUAGCUGAUGAGCUAAAAAAUAAUCACACACAAAAAAAUCUCCUAAUGUUUUAAGAAAGUUUAUGAAUUUGUGUUGGGCCUCAUUCAAAGCUGUCCUGGGCUGCAUGUGCCCCAUGGACCGAGGGUUGAACAAGCUUGGCUUACACCUUAUUCAUGUCUUUAUUCUUUUAGCCUUGAGAACUGCCUACUGAGCUAAAACCAAUAUUCCAGGUUUCAUAGACAUCAACUACACAUUUAAUUAAUGCCAGAUUCACUGGCUUGCUUAGAAUCAUUUUUGCUCUCUUUUUUUCUUUCUAUUUAUUUCCUUGAAUCAUUUUUGUUCUCAUACUUUCAUUUAAUAUAUUAUAAAAAUUUUCAACCAUUUUGAAAAGUAGAGGAUUGUACGCUGAAUCCCCACAAACCCGUCACCCAGAUUCCAGUAUCAAGAUUUUGCUACAUGCAUUUCAUCUGUCCUUUUUACAUUUCCUUUUCAAUUCUUUUUCUUACCUGAAGUGUUUAAUGGCAAAUCCUGGCCAGGUAUGGUGGCUCAC